AUGGGUCGGCUGGAGGGGAAGGUCAUAGUGCUGUCUGCAGCAGCACAGGGGAUUGGACGAGCAGCUGCUAUAGCUUUUGCUAAAGAAGGAGCCAGGGUCAUUGCUACAGACAUCAACGAGGCUAAGCUGCAAGAACUGCAGACAUAUCCAGGCAUUGAAAUACAGGUUCUGGAUGUCACCAAAAAGGACCAGAUAGAAAAUCUGGCCAAAGAGAUUGAAAGAAUUGAUGUCCUCUGUAACAUUGCAGGGUUUGUCCAUCAUGGAACCAUUCUGGAGUGUGAAGAGCAGGACUGGAACUUCACUAUGAACCUCAAUGUUCGCAGCAUGUAUCUAAUGAUCAAGACAUUCCUUCCUAAGAUGCUUCAACAGAAAUCUGGAAAUAUUAUAAAUAUGUCUUCUGUGGCAUCCAGCAUUAAAGGAGUUGUGAACAGAUGUGUAUAUAGUACUUCAAAGGCAGCAGUUAUUGGUCUGACAAAGUCUGUGGCUGCUGAUUUCAUUGAGCAAGGCAUCAGAUGCAACUGUGUGUGUCCUGGAACUGUUGACACACCAUCCUUACGGGAAAGAAUCAGAGCUCGGCCUAAUCCAGAGCAGGCAUUGAAAGACUUUCUAGACAGACAGAAGACUGGUAGGAUGGCAACUGCUGAAGAAGUGGCCCACCUCUUUGUGUACCUGGCCUCUGAUGAAUCUGCUUACAUGACUGGUAAUGAAGUAAUCAUUGAUGGAGGAUGGAGCCUGUGA